AACCAGGGCCCUGCUCUUGACCAUCAGAGCCAGCAUCUCCGUCCGCUUAUUAUACAUGGACGACUCGUCGCAAUCUAGACAGCUCUUCCCGCCUCUCAACAUUAAUCUCCCUCCAUUCCGCUCCCAACCCCAGCAGUACCAGUCGCCACAGCACGAGUAUCCUCAGCAGCACCAGCAGUAUCAGCAGCAGGAAUACUGGCAACAGCGCACUUCCAGUUCGAGGGAUGAUAUACACCAGCAGCAGGAUAUCAAACCAGUGAUGCAGACUCAGCAGCCAAAGCAGGAGGGCGGUGUCGAAGAUGGAAUGCCCUCCACCAGUGAUUUUGUGAAAAAGCUCUACAAGAUGCUAGAGGAUCAGUCCUUCCAACACGUCGUCUCGUGGGGUCCCCAAGGCGAUUGUUUCGUGGUCAAGGACAUGAACGAAUUCACAAAAUCAAUUCUACCACGCAUGUUCAAACACUCGAAUUUCGCCUCGUUUGUGCGUCAACUGAACAAGUAUGACUUUCACAAAGUCAAGAACACGGAUGACAACCAAUUCGGCGAACAUAGCUGGACAUUCCGGCAUCCGGAUUUCCAUGCUGACCGGCGCGAUGCACUAGAAAACAUCAAGCGCAAGGUCCCCACAUCGCGGAAAUCGCUCCCCGCUCCACAACCGACAUCAUCACGGCCUCUACCGCCGUCUCUCGCUUCUCCGUCAGCAUCGCAGACCGACUAUCUCCAGGCCCAAAUAGAGCGCCUCACCCAGGCCCAAGAAGAGAUGUCGGCGCAUGUACGGAACCUAGAGCGAAAUUACCACGACGUUCUCGUGGAGAUGGUCGGAUUCCAGCGGAAUAUGGCGCAGCAGGACGGGCUGAUGCAAAACCUCAUUCAGUAUUUUUUGCAAGUUGAGAAUGGCAAAUCGAAACGCGCGUCCUCGUCUCAACAGCAAGCGAUGCUACAGUCGCCUUCCGACCCAUCCUCUUCAAAUCCGAACCCGUUCCUACAGCAACACGAAACGCUCCGAAUGAUGAACCCAGAUAGUGAUGUUGCCCGCGCGUCCCUUAUGCAAAUGAACGAAAUUUCGCGGCGGCAAAUGGAAUUCUCCCAACCUUCCUCGUUUGACGACCGGCCGCCAUCACGGAUAUGGACUGCCGCCGCCAAUGCAGGACUCAUCAACCCCGACGGGUCUGUCAAAGGCGCACCCCCAGUCCCGUCUAUAUCUGGCGAGAAGAUCACCUCGCGGGUGGAGGCCCUGCAGCGUAUCGAGGAGCUGCAGCGGCUGCGUAUGGGAAGCGCGCCGCCAAAUAUCCCGCCACUACCCCCGCCUCCCCAACCGCAAGAGGAGAUGGUCAUGCCGACGUCGUCGACAGGAACGCUCACUUCGCCAGAGGGUACUCCGCCGUCGUUUGCGUGGCCUGAAGAAGGCGACAUGGGCCAGCUUGGAGGCGGCGAUCCAGGUAACCAGGUGGCUGGGGCAGGACACGAGGGUCUGCAGGUGUAUACUGUUGGGCACCUGAUGCCCAAGAGCGCGGUAGACGACGCGAAUGGUAAUUGGACGUAUGAUCCGACGAUGUGGGAUCCUCAGCAACAGCAACAGCGGCAGCAACAGCCACAGCAGCCACAGGCGAGCACGUCGCAGCAAGCGCUCCAACCCGCCUCGUCGUCGUCCCAACAGCGGCUCCGGGUACGGCGGAGCACGUACGUUCCCGGGUGGGCGGUGCCUCCACGGGUGCUGCUCGUCGACGACGAUGCCGUGAGCCGAAAACUGAGCAGCAAGUUUCUCCAAGUGUUUGGGUGCACGAUCGACGUGGCCGUUGACGGUGUCGGAGCGGUGAACAAGAUGAAUCUUGAAAAGUACGAUUUGGUAUUGAUGGACAUUGUGAUGCCGAAACUGGACGGUGUCUCUGCAACGUCGCUGAUCCGGAAAUUCGACCAUAUGACGCCUAUCAUCAGUAUGACGAGCAACUCGAAGCCCAACGAGAUCAUGACGUACUAUUCGUCGGGGAUGAACGACAUUCUGCCAAAGCCGUUCACCAAGGAGGGGCUGCUAGGUAUGCUGGAGAAGCACCUGAUGCACCUCAAGGUGAUCCAGGAGAUGGCGAGCGCGAGGGUGUCGCGACCGCUGGGACCAGGGGAUGUGGGGCCGUACAUGGGGAAUGGGGAGGUGGACAAUGAAGGGCGAGUGAAUCCGCUGGCGGGUAUGGGCCUCACGGACGAGCAGUACAACAUGAUCCUGCAGAAUAUCGUGAACGGGGAGACAUUUGUAGGGGAGAAGCGGUCAUUGGAAGAAGACGAUGACGGGCGGGAAGGGAAACGAGGUCGAUUCGAGGUGAUUGAGUAGACAUUGUAUCGAUAUCAUUAUUUUAUUCGAUCUGUACGAGAUGCAUAUAUUAAUACGAACCCCUAUCAUACUGCGGCCCGGAUUACCA